GUAGAAGCAUAGGCUUAUCUUUGGUUUGUGCUUUGAAGACAGGGUCUGGAUGCAUAGACCUUGAACUUGCAGUUGUUUUCCUGCACCAGUCUCCAAAAUGUGGGGAUUACAGGCUUGGGCCCCCAUGAUUUUAAACAUGGAGAAACUUCAGUGGAAACCAUGGGCUUUCUGAGGACCAGGUGGAAACGGAAGACUGAGUGUCAAAAACCUCAGCGGCAGUACUAGAACUCACGGCGGUGUCUUCCGAGCUGGGCUCUAGCACUUUCUAGACGCAGUCAGGAGCUGGGUGGGAAUGAGGAUGACAGCUGUGCAAAUGUCAGGUCUGUUCCACAGGAGGGAGGGAGAAAGGAAACCACAGCCCUCAGACCACAGAUGGCCUAGCUUAGGACGUUCAUGGUCAAAGCCGUUGGACGCAGUGGAGGGAAGCACACAGCCAGAUGGAAAAGCGGCGGAGAGACAAGAUGAACCAUCUGAUUCAGGAGCUGUCGUCUAUGAUCCCUCCACUCAGCCCUGCAACCCCAAAACUGGACAAGCUCAGUGUUCUGAGGAGGGCGGUGCAGUACUUGAGGUCCCUGAGAGGCAUGACAGAGUCUUUCUUGGAAGAAAAUUCUAGACCCUCAUUUAUUCAUGAUAAGGAGCUCAGUCAUUUAAUCCUCAAGACAGCAGAAGGCUUCCUGUUCGUGGUCGGAUGUGAACAAGGGAGAAUUCUCUUUGUAUCUAAGUCCAUCUCCAAAACACUGCAGUAUGACCAGGGCAGUUUGAUGGGACAAAAUUUGUUUGACUUUUUACACCCAAAAGAUGUUGCCAAAGUAAAGGAACAACUUUCUUGUGAUGUUUUCCCAAGAGAGAAAUCUCUAGACACCAAAACCCCUCUGCAGGUUUACGGUCACGGCCACACUGGGCGACCACACAUGCAUUCUGGCUCCAGACGAUCUUUCUUCUUCAGAAUGAAGAGCUGUAAAAUCCCUGUCAAAGAAGAGCUUCGAUGCUCACCCUGCUCAAAGAAGAAAGACCACAAAAAAUUCUACACUGUCCAUUGCACUGGAUACUUGAGAAGCUGGCCUCCGAAUGUUGUUGGCAUGGAGAAAGAGAGGGACAAUGAGAAAGAUAGUGGCCCUCUUACCUGCCUUGUAGCCCUGGGACAGUUACAUCCGUAUUCUGUCCCUCAGAAGAGCGGCAAGAUCAGAUUGAGGCCAACUGAGUUCGUAACCCGCUUUGCAAUGAAUGGAAAAUUUGUCUACGUUGAUCAAAGGGCAACUGCAAUUUUAGGAUACCUGCCUCAGGAACUUUUGGGAACUUCCUGUUAUGAAUAUUUUCAUCAAGAUGACCACAGUAAUUUGACGGACAAGCACAAAGCAGUUCUGCAGAGUAAGGAGAAAAUACUUACAGACUCAUACAAAUUCAGAGUGAAGGAUGGCUCCUUUGUAACCCUGAGAAGCCAGUGGUUCAGCUUUACUAACCCUUGGACCAAAGAGCUGGAGUACAUCGUGUCUGUCAACACACUGGUCUUGGGGCGCAGCGAGACUGGGGACCCAUCCAUACUUCACUGUGGCAGCAAGUCCUCGGAAGACUCAUUCAGACAGCCCUGCGUCAGUGUGCCUGGCGUGACCACGGGGACCGUACUUGAUGCUGGGAGUAUUGGAACGGAGAUAGCAAACGAGGUUCUGAGCCUACGGAGGUUACACUCUUCAUCCCCAGAGGAUUCAAAUCCUUCAGAAGUCGUGAGAGAUAGCCAUGGUAUAAACUGCAGGAAUGCCAGCGUGCCUGUGAGUGAGGUGUCCACAAAGGAGUGCUUUUCACCAAGUCCUGAAACGGGGGGCCUGGAGGCUGCCAGGCAGCACGGGACUUUUGAAGCUGCUCACAGUCACGGGCCCCUCCUCAGUGAUGGUACCCAGCUGGAUUUCGAUGCCCUAUGUGACAAUGAUGACUCAGCCAUGGCUGCGUUCAUGAAUUACCUUGAAGCAGAGGCAGGCCUGGGUGACCCUGGGGCCUUCAGCGACAUCCAGUGGACACUCUAGCAUUUGAACUAAAUGGGAAUCAUUUCAGAGUGUCCCAUUUACGAAACAUUCUAUUCUUCUACACUGUGUCGAUACUUCCCAUCUUUUGUUAAUAGUCUACCGAUUUUUAUACAUCUGCACCUUACUCUCACAGGGCUGUGGGAGAGUGAGUGUUUUCUUCCACAGUGAAACAGUCAAGUUCAUCAAACGCGCUUUACUCAGUGAGCUAGCCUGGGGUCAGGCUGCCAUAUUUUUGCUAAAAUGUUCUGACCAAAAAAAUGCUGCCAACCAUAUUGUUUGGGCUUUGCUUCUGUUUUUUGUAUAAUUUUGUUUUUUGAGCUUGGGAAUUUUAAUAUACUGACAUUUUCCCUGUC